AACAGACAACAUGCUGCCUGCUGUUGUAAAGCUCUGCUGUGGAAUCUCCUACCCACACCUGAGGAGUCUGGCGGGACUUCAACGCACAGCUGUGGCAGUGAUAGGCCAGGAGCUAACACACCUGCAGAGAUGGGGACAGGUCCAACAUCACACGAGGACACAUGCUGCAUCAAGGCAUUACGAGCCCAAAUCUGGAGACAUAAAGCCUGCACCACUGCAAGAAGAUCAGCUGUUCUUUGUACAACAAGGCCAAGAAGCAAUGAGGAAGGCUCUCUGUAUGCUGGAGGACGAACAAGGAUGGAAGGUCGAGAUCGCAGAGAGCAACGGGGAUGUGAUUUGCAGCAAAGUGAUGCCAGGAGCUAGGAAGGUCUUCAGGCUGGAGGCGGUGCUGGAGGCCAGUGUGGACGAGCUCUACGAUCUCCUGUUUGUCAGAGUGGAGGAGAUGCACCAGUGGAACCCAAGCAUACAUCAUAUUAAAAUUCUGAAGCGUGUUGGACCCGAAACGAUCAUCACUCAUGAAGUUUCAACCCAGACAGCGGGAAACAUGAUUGGCCAGAGGGACUUCCUGAGUGUCAGACACAGUUGCAAACAAAAGUCCAGCGUUUAUCUUGGAGGAGCAGCAAUUCAGCUGGAGUCCUUCCCACCUCAGGCAGGCUACGUAAGAGCCGAGGAUGGACCAACCUGCAUCGUCAUUCAGCCUCUGGACGAGGAUUCGGGAAAAAGCCGCGUCACAUGGCUUCUUAACAUGGACAUAAAGGGGUGGCUGCCAAAGUCCAUUGUCAAUCAGGCUUUGCCCAGAGCACAGCUGGAUUUCACCAAACACCUCCGAAGACGCCUCACAGCGAGCACCACCCUGAGCUGAGUGUGAAGCAGCACUCUGUCAUUACUCACAGGGGAACACUGGGAGAUGGAGGAACUGUGACAGCCCGGCCGCUUGGCAGACGGCUGCCCUUUCAGCGAGAGUAGAAACGCUGCUCGGAGGAGACACUGGCAGACACCAUUGUCAGCAGCCCAGUGUCGGCCUGCCAGAAGGACGCUGGCUUGUAAUAGGAAUUAAUAUCACAGUGUGCCACUCAGGCCUCAAGAUUCCCUGAUUGGGAGUCAGCGCUUGUCUAUUGACACAUGGCUCACUGAAUAUGAUUGGAGAACAUUAAUAAAAUCUUUGAAUGUGCCUUUUUCUUGCCUGAGUC